CCCAUAGACUCCAGACUGAAAACACCAUCGCUCAUCCCGGGCCGUGACAUUUCCCAGCCUGGCUUCUUCUGCUGCGUGGACAGCGAGCGCAAAGGGCCAAAAACAGAGAAAAGCCAGCAAGCGGCGAUAGGAGAGGAGAGGACGCCUCUGCGUGUCACCGAGCAUCCCCGACGCCCCGAAUCGGAGGGAGAGACGCACCAGGCGGAGGCGAGGCGCUGCAGGAAGCCGCUGCUCCCUUCACCACCCGCUCCCUGGACUACCGGACUCAACCAGAACCGGACUGGAUUUUUACGUCUCGCAGGAGCCCGGAGGCAGAGGAAGGAAGGGAGGGCAGAUCUGCGGACGGUAGCCGAGCAGCGCAUCCCCAUCUCCGGGGUAGGUCUGGCUGUCGAGUCGCAUGGAGAAGAGGUAUGAAGACCUGGUGCAGUACUCAGGGCCGGAGGCUAUGUCGGUGGGGGGGUACGGAGAUGAUGUCAGGGCACUUCCUCCUCCACAGUACGGCCCCACCAUCCCCGACUCCCUCAAACAUCACAAAGACCAGAUCUAUGGUCACCCUCUCUUUCCACUGCUGGCCUUAGUGUUUGAGAAGUGUGAGCUGGCCACCUGCUCCCCUCGUGACUCCUCCUCCUCCCUCUCAGCCACCUCCCACCUUCCUGUCAUGGCCAAUCACAGCGAUGUCUGCUCCUCAGAGUCCUUUAACGAUGACAUCACUGCCUUCGCAAAGCAGAUUCGCUCAGAAAAGCCCAUUUUUUCCUCCAAUCCUGAGCUGGAUAAUUUGAUGAUCCAGGCCAUACAGGUUCUUCGCUUCCAUUUACUGGAGUUAGAAAAGGUGCACGACUUGUGUGAUAACUUCUGCCAUCGCUACAUCACCUGCCUGAAAGGGAAGAUGCCCACAGACCUGGUUCUGGAUGAGCGGGAGGGAGGCUCCAAGUCCGACAUGGAGGACUUUGGUGGAUCUUGCACCAGUUUAUCAGAGCAGAAUGCAGCAUGGCUUCGAGAACCUGAUGAAUGCGCCACCACUCCUCUGGGAACACCAGGCACCUGUGGCCUGCCUUCACACAGCACAGUGGACAACUGCAGCGAUGCGGGUGAUGGUCUGGAUGGAGGAAUGGCUUCCCCCAGCACCGGAGAGGAGGAUGACAGCGACAGAGACCGCCGGAACAACAAGAAGAGAGGCAUCUUCCCCAAAGUGGCCACGAACAUCAUGAGAGCGUGGCUCUUCCAGCACCUGACGCACCCGUACCCAUCAGAGGAGCAGAAGAAGCAGCUGUCCCAGGACACCGGCUUGACCAUCCUGCAGGUCAACAACUGGUUCAUCAACGCCAGGAGGAGAAUAGUUCAGCCGAUGAUUGACCAGUCAAACCGCUCAGGUCAGGGUGGUCCCUACAGCCCAGAGGGAGCAGCUCUUGGGGGCUAUGGACUCGACGGGCAGGCCCACCUGGGUCUCAGAACAGCAGGUCUUCAGGGAAUGUCGUCCCUACAGGGGGAGUACCCCGGAGCUCUGUUGUCCCAACCCGGCUACGCUUCCCACCCAGGACCAUCCCUGCACUCGUAUACUGGCCCACACCCUCACCCUGCCAUGCUGCUCCACCCACCACCACACCCAGCAGAGCCCCUUCUUGCCCAAGGACUGGACAUACACGCACACUAACUACGGGGGCAGACAGGGUGUGUGUGUGUGUGUGUGUGUGUGUGUGUGUGGGUGUGUGAAUGCGGGCUUGCUUGUGAAUGUGUGUGUGAAUGUGUAUUGACUCAAACAGUCCAGUAUUUAAAGAUAAAAGGCAAAUUUGCUCCAGAAGUUUACAUUCCCCAUUUAAGGACACUGACCUCAAUGUAGCUGAUUCACCUGUUCACACACACACGCACGCACACACACACACACGCACACACACACACACAUGCACACACAC